AUGCUAUGUCUUGAAGACUCUGAAGCGACAUCAUGGACCGUUCGAGCGGUUGAAGACGAUCUAGAUGCAAGUCAUGGCAAAGGUGGAUGGAGUAAAGAUCGAGUCGCAAUGGCGAUAUCAACGGUGUCAAAGCUGAUUCGUACUUGUGCAGGUCAAUUAGAUGAGAAUGAAAGGGCAGAUAAGGAUGAUCCUCGUUUCAAUUUUGUUCAGAAUGAUAUGCGAGUACAAGUUGGGAGAUUUAGCUGGAAUCCCAUAGGAUAUCGUCCCUGGGGAAUCAUCUUGUCUAGAAGUAAUGACAACAAUCUCAGUGAUCCCACAAAGAAGGAGGAGGUCAAUCCUUUCCAGCAGAAUCAAGUCAGCCGGGUCAUAUGCGGAUCCGAAAGGACCAUUGGGUAUACGAUGAGGGACCAUUCGCCUAUAUAUUGGGCCAAAGACUCGAGAAAUUCGAAAACCUCGUUUUUGAAGGAAAUUCUCAAUAGUGAACAAGCAGCUAUCAAAAAUACCGACCUCUCAGGCUUGACAUUGAGUAGUGCUGAAUAUGAGGAUGGUGGCAGGAAAGUUCGCAGUGAUGAUACAUACAAAUUUCAAUUUGUACCGGUCGGCACCAUGCUCCAACCCAAUAUCAGAUCUUUUGAAAAGUUCGAUAAUCGGUCAACGGAGAAAGACGACGAGGAUAGAUUUAUCAGAACUUUCAAUACAACUAUGGGAAAGCUUUCCGUUUUGUCCGCUGACAGAUGCUCCGAUAUCGAUAUCUCAUACAACACCGUUGACGAUCUCAGCGUCAAGAUCAUUGACGAUAUGCAAAAAGGUCAUCAACGAUUUACGAUCACCUUGCAAGAUCAAUCUAACAAGCAAGUUAUCGGCGGCUGCGGACAAGUGACAUCCCUGUAG